AAGUAGACAAGGUAGCUCUGUUUUUGGACAAAUAUGGUUUUCCUAUCAAACAGUGGAGAGAAAAAAUGUUUUCUUUAUAUUGUGGCAUUAUAUAUCAUUAAUGGAUAUCACUGCUUGGACAUAGCAGCCUGCAAUGGGACCUUUAGAACACCAGAAUAUACAGACAUACUAGUGACAUGUGGACCACAGGACAUUGAACUAUCAAUUUAUUUGUGCCCAGUAUACUAUGCUGGUUAUAAUGAAACUCAACUUUACAUGAAUGAUUUUAUUAAUGUACCUGGAUGCCAAGGAGUGCUUGACACAUCAAGUGGUGUCCCAUUCGUAAAGUAUACAUUUUCAAUCAAUGCAAAUUCAACUUGUGGAAGUUUAUUUACGAUUAAUGACACUAUCGGAGAAGGGAUUUUUUCAGACUUUUUACAUAUUCAGUAUGUCAAUAUCAGUGGCAUAAUCAAGUCAAAAGAACCAACAUCGGGUGUCAUCACAUACAACUCAGAACUCAAGUAUUUAUAUUCCUGCGUUUACCCUUUAGAGUAUCUCAUGAACAACACUCGGCUUGACGUGGCUGCAAAUAACAUAGCAAUCAAUACAAAUAACGGCACUUUCAUCAGCACACUCUCUCUCCAGUUGUAUCUCGAUGAAUUUUAUGGAAGAAAACUUACUAUACCAGCGACUGGGAUAAAACUGAAGUCAAGAGUUUAUGUAGAAGUGAGAGCAACAAACCUCACAGAAAAAUUUAAUGUAUAUCUGGAUCGGUGCUAUGCCUCCACAUCUCCAUAUCCAACUAAUUCUACCUACUAUGAUCUUUUUAUUGGAUGUUCAAGGGAUCCAUAUACUAAUAUAACACUAAAUGGAGACAGUCAAUAUGCACGGUUUUCGUUUUUAGCCUUCCGAUUCCUAGAGCAAUAUAAUCAGCCUGUGUCAACUUUUUACUUGCAUUGCAUUACUCGACUUUGUGAAACCUCUGCCUGCUCUAGCUUUAAACAAACUUGUCAACGAAAAAGAAGAGCGAUUAGAGCAGCUUCAACCUCUACAUCAGUUUCAGAACCGGCAACAAUUUCAUCGACUGGGAUCAUAACAACUGCUGAUGGUGGUACAACAGGAAGCUCAAGCAGUGGUGCUUCUAAUAUGGAUUCACAAGGAGUUGUGAGGUCCGCUAUUGGCCUGGGGAUUGCUGUUGGCUUUUUAGCAUUACUUUGCACCCUAAUGGGUGGAAUUGCCUAUCUUAUGCACAGAAGACUCCAAAAGUCUAGAUACCUUGAGAAGAACAACUUCCACUAAAAGGAGAAAUGCUUAUCACUCUGAUAUCAGCUAAAUACUCUGACUAGAGAUUUUAGAAUUUAGCAAAUAUGAACGCAUCUAUUUUUAAACUAAGAGAAGAGUAAUUAGAUAAUUAGUUGUACAGAAUGGAUUAUUUGAUUUAAAUAUCUAUCUUAUAAUGAUCGCUGUUAAUGUUUGAUACUCAAAUUUUAAUAGAGUAAUUUAGAUUUU